AUGGCCGACAGACAGACAGACCGGAUAGCAGAGGUAAUUAUUGGUGGAAAACAAGCUUUGCUGGCUAAAUGUCUUUGGUUGUCCGAGCUUUGGAAGUGUGUGAGUAAAGUUUGGUGGUUGUUAAGCAGAUGGAAAUCCUUGACUUGGAGACUGACCAGUUCCAAUGUAAGACAAUGGUAAUUACAUAAAGACCACCUUCUCAGUGUUGGGACAACACCAGCCUGAAGGGAAUCAAUGGGAAAUGGCCAAGUAGCGUAGUUUACUGCUACUCUGCUACUGCGUGUAGCCUUUUGCCACCAUUUACUGUUCCCCCUCGCAACAACCUAUAGACUACAGGUUCCUCCCCAGCCAAGCCUCCUAAGCCUGUCUCUGUGCGGUGCUGGCUGUUCAGGGCUGUCUCGCCAGGCCAGGGCCAGUCUAGGAUUGGCCCAUGUUGACUUGGACGAGUAAUCUGUGCGAGAUCAGCAAAACGUAAUCGCCUUUAGCUCAGGCCUUCCCGGGGUAUUACUAGUCACCAGUAGUCACUGUGUGUGUGUGUGUGUGUGUGUGUGUGUGUGUGUGUGCCACAGCAGGGCUAUUGUCCUGUUCAGCAAAAUGUGGUGCUGUGUGGAGUGUUGUAGUCUCCCAGCUGGUCUUCUGCUUUGUUUUAAUCACGGGGAUUUCAGAUUGAGGUUCUACAGUUGUGAUGUAUUAUUCAUGUUUAACACAUGCUGCUGCACUUUACUACACGCAGUCUUGGAGCUUAAUCCCAAAUUCAUCAGCGCUAAGCCUACUUGUCAAUUGAGUGUAUUGUGGUUUUAAAUGAUCUGUAAGGGUUUUGUAUAGGCCCAGCCCUUACAUGUGUGUGCAGAAAAUCUUUAAAACAUAAACCCAGCCAGUGCUGAAUGCUAUAUCCUUGUGUUUUGCUGGUUCAUACUGUUUUUUAGUAUCCUUGUAUUGACACUGGGUUUAUGAGAUGGGAUAUUCUAGGCAGAGCUGUUCCAGUUCCCUAGGGUAUACUAGGCUAAACAAUGUCUACCAGGCUAUAAUACUCAGACUAUUAUGGUUACAGACAGUACACACACACACACACAUGUAGUUACUCCUUGGACAAAUAAUGUAAAGAUUUAAGAACAGGUCUGGUAAAUACUGCAGGGUGCAUGUCUCUGUUGCUACAGUGACAACCUGCUCAGUGCCACACUUCCCGUGUGUGUGUCAGUGUGACUUAGUGCUAACCUCCUGUGUGACUGUGUGUAUCUUGGCAGACUUCAGCCAUGGCCACGACAGGCACAGGCGCAGCUGAGCCAAACCGGCCAGGCCCCCAGAGGAAGAUGUCCACAACAGGGGAGAGCUUGUACAAGGUGCUAGGCCUGGAGAAAGGAGCUUCCGCUGAGGACGUCAAGAGAGCCUACAGGUAACACUCAGCCUGUCUCUGGUCGUUAUAGCCACAUAACCUGUAAGCCUGUUUCGCCACCUGUAAGCCUGUUUCUCCAUUUCCCGGAGCAAGUUAAUGAUCAGCUUUAUUCAGGAGUUGGUCCAUCAGACACAGAACAAUUACUUUUAAUGAGGUAUAAGCUCUUCAUAGGAUUUAGAGUUUCGUCUAAUUUGUAUGUGGUGGUGUGGACUGAGAUUCAUUAAUUCAUCCAUGCAUUUCUUAAUUCAUCCAUCUAUUUACAGGAAACUAGCGUUAAAGUACCACCCAGACAAGAACCCAGACAACCCGGAGGCUGCAGAUAAGUUUAAAGAGAUCAACAACGCCAACUCCAUCCUGAAUGAUGACGGCAAGAGGAGGAUCUACGACGAGUACGGCUCCAUGGGCCUCUACGUGUCCGAUCAGUUUGGAGAGGAGAGCGUCAAAUACUACUUCCUCAUGUCCAAGUGGUGGUUUAAGGUGAGAGAGAGAGAGUACCUCGUAACCCCCCAAAACCACCUUUAGUCUAACAGGGUAAUACAUUAGGUUAUCCUUGUUAUCCUGGGUGUACAGCCACAUCACUCACACAAUCAUCACACUAAGACCUGCUGGGAUUUUAUUAGACAUGGUUAUAACUAGAAUUCACUGUCUAGUACUCGGUCUUCUCCAUGCAUUAGACACCCUACUAUAAUCCCUGUUGGGAGUACAUUGACAGUCUAUAAGUAUCUGUGUAUAAUUGCUUUGACAAGUGUCAUAGUUACCUCCCUCUGAACCUGUCAGUGUACUGUGUUUUUCUGUUUCAGUCAGUCAGACAGAUGGCUCCAGGUGCAAAGCAGUCUUUAUUUAGAACUGUGUUCUGUGUAGUUGUGCUCAGUCAUUCUGAGAUGUGUGGCCUUUGAUGCUGAGUAGAGUAAGUAGAGUGGUCCAGAUGCAGAGAGGAAGAGCCACUGACUGUCUCACAAACCUCUCUGCUUUCAUCUACAAAGAAAACUAAAAAGCAAAGGAACAUUUCAGGGAUAAACAAAACCGCUCCACUUAUUUAUACCCUAGAAAUGCUCGGUACAAUAGGAUUAUUGAGAGCAUCCACACGUAUUACACUGUCUCUGCUGUUAAUAUCCCCUAGCUUCUCUCACUGGGUUACCCUGUAGAUCUGAGGCCAGACAUGUUUAAGUUCUCAUGCGAGCAGGAAGAAAGCGGGUGACUGUCCCGGCUGGGUAUGUGUGAUGGGGAAAUGCUCCAUACUGAUAAUGCUGUGUGUUUGUGUUAUGCACUGGUGCUGCAGACCAUGGCCGUGUGCUGUACCGUCUUCUCCUGCUGCUGUUGCUGCUGCUGCUGCUGUUUCUGCUGCGGGAAGUGCAAACCGCCGGAGGAGGAUGAUCACUACCAGUACGUGGACCCAGAGGACCUGGAGGCACAGAUCAAAGCUGAGACGGACGGAGGUGAGACCACGCUGGGAGGGGACGGGGGAGUUUUUAAAUGGGAGGGGGGACAUUAUGGGGAGGGGGUAUUUUGGUUUGGUGGCAGGUAGUCUGUGGGAGGAUGUUUGUGGCACUUGUAAGUAGGCUGGGGACUGUUUGGCAUUGGGUAGAAAACUGAGUGUGCUAUGCAGAUAGGCAUUUUUCUAUUGUAUAGACUACAAUAGGUGGGCUAGAGCUCAUGAGGAGUGUAACAGGAUAAAUACAGUAUGCCUCCCCAGUCCCUGUCCUUCUGUGUUGGCCCUUCUCCUGUGUCCUGGCGCCCCUCCACGCUACCUCAGCAACAGGCCGCCUCGCAGAUGUCGGUUUUUCAGCCUGACUUAACGCUGUCACUUCCUUUCAGAGCAAAAGAGCAGGAGAGGAGGACAGAAGAGGGAGGAGAGGCAGGGAAACAGAUGGGGCCAGAGCAGCCAAACAGGGAUGGGGAGGAAGGGAUGAGGGAAUGGAGGAGGGGAGGGGACAAGCACCAGUGUCUAGUCCAGCUAGGCAGGACUCUGGGUCUCCAGCACCUGGUCCUGCUCAGGAGGUAGAGGCUACAUGCUAGACCAUAGAUUACCUUCAUGAAGCAGAAGAGCUAAAAGUGCAGGUAUUUAUAGCUUACUCAUACUCUGAAUGAGAGACUGCUGGUUCGUAUCAUAGAGGAGGAUACUAUCCGAGUUAUAGCCCUAGCUCUGACAUGUAUUUAAAUAUUUUUGAAAUUAUAAUCAUUACUCUCCUCAGUAAAUUAGAUGAUAAUGUUUUAUCAGCUAGUGCAGAAAUGUGCUUUGUAUCACAAUGCUCCUUUACCACAAGGAUACAAAACAGGUAAUAUAAUGUUGUUGUUUGGUGUUUCUGCAUGUGUCAGAACAGUGUGCAAUAACAUGUCAACAUUAACAGUUAGAAAUGUCAACAGUGUUUCUUUUGUUCCAACAUUUCAAACCCAACAAGAAGCUCUUUGUUUUACCCUCUCCCAUCAGUGGUCCCCAGUGCAGGUCAGAACAGGCCAGGACAGGGGCUGAGACAGAGGCGAGAUGAGGAAGUUAAAUGCAAUCCUGUCAGAUUUCAGAGGAUGCUCUCUGCCUCAGCCUUCUGUGACGUGCCCUUAACUGGUUGGUCUGAGGACAUGACUCACAGCUCCUUGACUCAUGUUGCCUCUCUACACAGCAGAUCACUCAAUAGCAAACAGUCCCAAGGACUAGACUCCUAAUUGCCUUGUUUUUUGUUCUGAGGAUUGACCAUGGUGACCCCGUAGUCACGACCCUUAGCCCAAAUUACUUUCACACCAUUUGGACUUACAGUAUAAGGCAUUAUAAGCAAAAUGAUGAUGCAAUUUGUUUUGCUAUUGGUUUCAGAGAUAUUCACAUGUUCAGGCGAAUACCUAGAUUAUAUGAAUAAUCUCGUCACUGUAUCGCACAAAAACAGGAACUGCGCUUCAUUUACAGUAACUGAAAACGAAACCAAACAUGACAAGCUAACGGCCCCAAGGCGGUAUGGGUAUGGGGAUAACAUAUCAGUAUAUUCUGGCCCAAUGAGCAAGCCUGGUUUUUCUCAUUCUGACAGAGGUGUUUCUGUAUGUUUGUGUGUUUUGAUCCAUCAGGUGACACUGUAAUCAUUGUGCAGCCCAUACCUGUAGCCGUACCUAUAGCUGUAUCGAGUCCUGUGGCUGAGAGCAUCAGCCUAGGCCCUGCCAUCAGCCUAGGCCCUGCCAUCAGCCUAGGCCCUGCCAUCAGCCUAGGCCCUGCCAACAGCCUAGGCCCUGCCAACAGCCGAGGCCCUUCCAAUCCAGUGGUUGACAACCAGACCAGUCCAGUGGCUGCUGAGAACCCAGGCGAAACGUUGCCGGAGUCUAAAUGACUCGUAAGCCCCCGUCUCCCUGAUGUACUUGCUGUACUCAACCCAGCUGCAUCGUGUCCAUCUGUCACGCUUCCUGUGCACGUUGCCACGCCCCAGACCAACCCGUUUCACCAGACUGUAUUUGCUCAUAGUGACACAUGGUGCCUUUUGUACUAUGUUCAGCUGUUUGUUUGUUUGACUGGCUCACUAACCAUCCAUUCUGUUUGCCUGUCAGUGUUGUGUUGCAAGAUGUCAUGGCUGUUGCUUCAAAAUGUUUUGAGCAUGGCUGCAUGUAUGAGCUUGCCUUGUAUAUAAUGUAGUGGACCUAAUUUUGCCAUGGAUAGAGCUACUCAAUAACAAUAAUUUAAGUUAAUUGAUUGCUAAGUAUUUUGGCAGUGUUUGGUCCAUCGUGAAUAUAUCUGUAGUAACUAUUUGCUGCCUUGUUGAUAAAGUGGAUGUAAUCUCUUUGUUAAUUAGGCAUGGUUUAUGGUCAUUAAGCUAUAGCCUAAUCAAUGCCAAGUAUCCCAUGACCUUACCAACAAGACCACAGAGACGCUUAUGCCGGGUGUACACUACACUACUUUCGAAAUGUUAACAUCGCUGAGCCUCUCACUUUAAACGAUCGUCUUUCCUGUAGUUUCUCGUCUUGCCAACGGGGUGUUGCGCACACUAAACGAUCUGGCACAGACGGGGGUCACACACUACAAGAGUCUUCACUUGGUCGUGAGGAUUGUCGAUACCAUAACGCUGUCUCGCGAAAACAAUGAUGUGAUUCGAUUGUUAACGUAGCUAGAAUGAGCUGUGGCUCAAAGCAGCCCCAUAAACGUUUUCAGUCAGACAUUGACACAUGACAUACAGAGUUGAAAUUUCUAUUGCUUGUGAACUUCAGAGCUGUAACGAGUUGACGUUUGGUUUAAGUAAAUGUAUGUAAAUGUUUAAGGCUCCUGCUCGAAAGAGUCUACACAUGGGUGAUGCGAAACAACGUCAUCUCACUGUCUUCUUUGGCGAGCGCUCAUCGGCUAUUGCUGAUCACCGUUCUCAAAACUUGUCGUUGCACAUUUCACACUACAAAAGCAUUGCAGAUUUUGUGCCAAUAAAAUCAAACCUGUUUGAAAAUAUCGGGAUGUCUGGGGCUGCUCAAAGACGGAAUCGGUAGCCCUCAGAUUGCGUCUCCUGCUCACAUUAAAUGAGCGUCGGUGACGGCCGCGUGCCCUGAGUAGGCAACAACAUGGGGAUUUUGUCUCCGAUCUCAAAAACUGGGACAGCUAAAUCGGCGCCAAAAUUGUGUUGUGUACUCCUGGCUUUAGGCAUUUUAACUGGAUGUAACAAGUGAGCUUCACAAGACAAAACAGGGCCCCACAGCAGCCAAGUACUCACUCAACCCACAAGACAUUAGCUGCCUUCAAUAAACAGUAGCCGUCUAUUUAGAUUAAAAACAUCAAUACAAUGUCAGGCUGGUUAGUUGAAAACCUAGCCUGUGGGUAUGUUGAGGACAGAGAGCAAUGUGCUAAAAGCACAGUCCCUGUUUGUCAUAAGCUAACACAACCCUUUGAUCCCCCUGGGGCCUUACGAAGAGGUACAGUGCCUUUAGAAAGUGUUUAUACCCCUUUACAUUUACAUUUACGUCAUUUAGCAGAUGCUCUUAUCCAGAGCGACUUACAAAUUGGCCUUUCCCACAUUUCCUUCUGUUACAGCCUGAAUUAAAAAUGGAUUAAUUUGAGAUUUUGUCACGGAUCUAGACACAAUACCCAAUAAUGUCUGGAAUUUAGGUUUUAGAUUUUUUAAAACAAAUUAAUAAAAACUGAAAAACUGAAAUGUCUUGAGUCAAUAAAUAUUCAACCCCUUUGUUAUGGCAAGCCUAAAUAAGUACAGGAGUAAAGAUGUGCUUAACAAGUCACAUAAUAAGUUGCAUGGACUCACUCUGUGUGCAAUAAUAGUGGUUAACAUGAUUGAUUUAUGACUACCCCAUCUCUGUACAACACACAUACAAUUAUCUGUAAGGUCCCACAGUAAAUUUCAAGCACAGAUUCAACCACAAAGAUCAGGGAGGUUUUCCAAUGCCUCGCAAAGAAGGGCACCCACCUAUUGGUAGAUGGGUGAAAAUAAAUUUAAAAAGCAGACACUGAAUAUCCCUUUGAGCAUGGUGAAGUUAUCAAUUACGCUUUGGAUGGUGUAUCAAUACACCCAGUCACUACAAAGAAACAGGCAUAUUUCCUAACUCGGUUGCCAGAGAGGAAGGAAACUGCUCAGGGAUUUCACCAUGAGGCCAAUGGUGAUUUUAAAAUAGUUUGAGUUUAAUGGCCGUGAUAGGAGAACUGAGGAUGGAUCAACAACGUUGUAGUUACUCAACAAUACAAACCUGACAGAGUGAAAGGAAUGAAGCCUGUAAAGAAUAAAAAAUAUUCAAAAACUUGCAUCCUGUUUGCAAGAAGCUUUAGAAACUUUGAGUAAGAGUGUUUUCCAUGAAAGACAGAGCAUCAUAGUCAGAUCCUAGAUAGUCUGCAAUAUACUAAUUCUCGAAUAUUCCAUGAUACCCACAGGAUAUUAGGAUGUCUUUUGAAAGUUUGUUUCUGGGGACUUGUUCUAAUAUCACGUGGCAGUGGUAGGGACAGGUGUGUGUGUGUCGUGCAGUGGGAGACCAAUACCCCUAAGAUGGGCCACCGCUGUCCUGUCACAUCCAGCCAUAUGUGUUUGUCAUCUCACCUCACACCUACUUCCUCUGCACCAUCCUCUCUCUGUUGGUGGUCUGUUUGUUCAACACAAUGAUUGCUCUUGACAUGUCAGUCUAUGAUUCUCUAUUUAGCAUUACCAAAGUGAUAGCUUGAAGCUUCAAGAGACUAUAUAAUGAUGUUGGGAUAGUACUAUAUUAUUACUAUCAUUUCAUUAUAUUGUAAUCUGAUAUAGUAGGGGUAGUAGCCUAACUCUAAUAGUAGAAGUGCUUUCUAAGCAGUGCUCUGUGCUCUCCCUCUAUGCUGCGUAUGGAUGAUGUCCUCUAUAAGGAAAGUGACAGUGUGGAUGAGCAUCGCCAGGGGAGGGCAGGUAGGUUCAUGGUACACACUUGGUCAUGUUCAGUAGGGCAUACCAUAGCAAAACGUUUUGCGACAGAAAACAAAAAUCUGUGUCCUUACUGGACACGCUCAGGUAGCACGUCCUUGUUUCAAAACGUUUUCCACCUACUGAACAUGACUUUCGUGGAGCUUUCAACACAGGACAGGUUACACCUGAGAACAGUUAAACAAGGGCCCAACUUUAGGUCAUGCCUCUUACUAAUAAUACAUUCCCUUGUGAAUUGCUUCUAGUUGAGACAACAGGCUUUUACUUGCUGGAUUUUUUUGGUGAAGUUUUUAUUUAAAAUGUUCACUAGCCUAAUACAUGACAAAAUAAGUGAAAAGGCCACUUCUUUUUUGAUAACAGGAUUUAUUGCAGCAAAGCUAGAUGAGAGUUGGAAGCUUCCUGUCAACAGGGUUUACAGAGCUGUUGUGUAGACUGUCAUGCUUCCAGCUAGUAAAUACCCUGUGUGUACCUGGUAGCCAGACUUUGCCCUUGUAGCCUCAGCCUGAGAGGAAGUUUUACUGUAGUCACAUACCUUUGGCUUGUACUGUGUGCAUGAACCUCAACCUGGACAGAUGUUCCUAUUUGGUUGUUUCCCUUUGUCUUCCUCAUUGACAUCAGGUCAUCAUUAGCCUAUAUCUACAGAACCCUGAUAUGUUAUUUGAUGUUUACAAAGUCAUUGCCAAUGACGUAUGAUAUGCAUUGUGAUCAUUGUUACCUGUCUGUACAUGCCUGUUAGUUCUUCAUUUGACUUCAGAAUUUGACCUUUUAGUAUCAUACAAACCAUAGAGAAUGCAGAAGCUACAUUAUUUCAUAGAGCAUAUAGCCUAUAUGUAGGCUAGUCCUUUACCUACUCAGCAUGGAGUGGGACACAUAGCUAACAUAUUCACUGUCCUUUUCUCUAUUGAGGGUUAAUAUUUUCCCCAGUGAGUCUGACCAAGUUCAAUGUUUUCCUGCAGGUCCACGUGCCCCUAUCGUGAUCCAGCCACAUUCCAUCGCCAUCGAGGUUCCAGAGACCUCCCAGCCUGCAGCCAGCCAGCCCACCUCCAAGCCCCAGCAGUGACCCUUCCCUCUCAGUCCUAUCUACCCGCUGGAGCCCUCCUCUAUGGCGGGCACGGCCAGGCCCCUGAAGUCCCCACACUGGAGCCCCCAGCAGCCAGCCAGGCCAGACGUCACCAGUGCCAGUCAACCAGCCAGCCAGUCAACCCCCCAUACUGUGGUACAGGUCUAACUUAA